CUCCAUCUCACCCAUUGACUCUUCCCAUUAUGAAGCUGCAAAAGCUGCUCAUCGGCGCAGCAGCGCUACUCGUGCCAUUUGUGGCGGCCGACGGCAGCGCCGGCGAAGAGGCCGAGACGUUCAAGUACGAGAGCGAUAUCUCGCGCCUCCGCUCGCUCGUGAUCCACUCGCUCUACUCGCACAAGGACGUGUUCCUGCGCGAGGUGAUUUCCAACGCCAACGACGCGCUCGAGAAGCUCCGCCUCACGUCCCUCACGGACCGGGACGUGCUCAGCGCCGGCGAGCCCAACAUCACCAUCACGGUCGACCUCGACGAGGGCGGCAAGACGGGCAAGCUGAUUAUCCGGGACACGGGCAUCGGCAUGAACAAGACCGAGCUCGCUCGUAACCUCGGCACUAUUGCGCGCUCGGGCACCAACGAGUUCUUGAAGCGCGCCGACGACGCCGGCGCCGUCGACUCCAACCUCAUCGGCCAGUUUGGCCUCGGCUUCUACUCUUGCUUCCUCGUCUCGCCUGUUGUCCGCGUCUCGUCCCUCCCGCCCGCGACCGCUGAGCACCCCGACCCGGUGCAGCACACUUUUGUGUCGACGGCGUCGGGCGACACGUUCGAGGUGUUUGCCGACCCGCGCGGUAACACGCUCGGCCGGGGUACGGAGAUCAUUCUCGACAUUGGAGACGAGGACGAGCAGUUCCUGUCGACCAACAACCUCAAGGCACUGAUUGACAAGCACUCGACCUUCUCGACCACGUUCCCGAUCUACAUCCGCGAGAAGAAGCCCCCGAAGGUGGCCGAGACCAAGGACGAGGACGAGGAGUUUGACGAUGCCGACACGCAGGACGACGACGAGGACGAGGACGAGUUCACCUUCGUUCGUGUCAACGACAAGGCGCCCAUCUGGAUGCGCGACCCCAAGUCCGUGUCCAAGGAGGACUACAUCGACUUCUACAAGGCCGUCGCCAAGGACCAGACGCAGGAGCCCCUCGGCUGGUCCCACUUCAAGGGCGACACGCAGUCGGGCGUCUCGUUCCGCUCCAUCAUGUACAUCCCGCCUGUGCUCGAGAAGGACUUUUGGUCCAAGAUCACCAGCGGCUUGAACAAUGUCCGCCUCAUGGUCAAGCGCGUGUUCAUCACCGAUGACCUCGGCGAGCAGUACAUGCCCCGCUGGCUCAGCUUCCUCAAGGUGACUGUUGACGCUGACGACCUUCCGCUCAACGUGUCCCGUGAGACGCUCCAGAACUCGCGCUUCCUCAAGCAGCUCCAGCGUAUCCUCGUGCGCAAGGCCAUCGACCUCUUCACCAAGCUUGCGGGCGACGACCCGGAGAAGUACAAGGAGGUCUCCAAGCUCUACGGCAACGCGCUCCGCAUCGGCAUGAUGGAGAGCCAGAAGGACAAGAUCAAGAUUGCCAAGCUCCUCCGGUUCGAGAGCACGCGCUCGCCGUUCACCUCGCUCGAGGAGUACGUCGAGAACCGCAAGGAGGGCCAGAAGCAGAUCUACUACAUUGCCGGCGUGGGCGAGACGACGCAGGCACUCUCGCGCUCGCCAUUCGUCGAGAAGCUCAAGGCGCGCGGGUACGAGAUCCUGCUGCUCAACCUCCCGUCCGACGAGCCCAUGAUGGGCGCCCUCAACAACUUUAUGGGCAUGCAGGCGCAGGACGUGUCCAAGAAGGGCCUCAAGUACGGCGACGAGGAGGAGGACGAGGCUGAGAAGAAGGAGCUCGCCGCGCAGAACAUUGCGUACAAGCCUCUCCUUGCCUGGCUCAAGAAGGAGCUCGAGGGCAAGGUCAGCGACGUCGUCCUGACCAACCGUCUCGUCACGUCGCCGUGCACGAUUGUUGUUGACUCGAUGGGCUGGUCGGCCAACAUGGCGCGCAUCAUGGCCUCGCAGGCCGAGGCUGAGAACGACCCCAUGUACCAGCUCAUGAAGAACCUGCCGCGCGUGCUCGAGAUCAACCCCAAGUCGCCGCUGAUCGAGGGCCUGCUCGAGCACGUCAUCGAGCUGCCAGAGGGCGACGACGAGCCGAGUGCACAGGAGCUCGAGAUCAAGCAGACCAUCUCGGUGCUGUUCGACACGACGCUCGUCCGCUCGGGCUUCGACGUCGCCGACCCCACCAGCUACUUUGAGCGCGUCGAGCUUCUGCUCCGCCGCUCCCUCGGCGUCUCGUCCUCUGCGCGCGCCGAGGACAAGGUCAAGCCCGCGCCUCCUACCGCCGCCAACCCCCUCCCUGAGGACACGGAGCACGACAAGGCCGAGAGCAUCCUCGACGGCGUCGAGUUUGGCUCCAGCGACGACAAGGAGGGCGAGGCCGACGAGUGGCUCGACUGGAACAAGUUCAAGGCUUCGAUGGACGACGACACUGUCCACGACGAGCUCUAAGUGAGGAAGAAGAAGUAGCAUCAUUCAUCAUGCAUCGAUAUCAAUCUUGCGCCAACCACUACUAUGUGCCGUACUAUUCUCACACAUUACUGACUUAGCGACGGUCACGCCCGCCGUCGUCAAACCGCCGCCUGGGAGGCGAGCGGUCGUCGUCGAAUCGGCGGCGCGGUGGCGAGCGACGUUGAUGAGGGGGAGGGUCGCGGCGCGCGCCAGGUCCGGCACCGGGCACCUGAGCCAGGCGGCUGGGAUGCACUGGGACCUGUGCCAUGCGACUGGGGUGCACUGGAGGCGCCGCGGCACGGGGCGGGCUCUGCUCUCGAGCGCGGGGUGG